UAAAAAGCGGAAUAAUAAACGGAAUAAAGAAAGUGAAAGCGAAGGAGCAAGUGAGAAACCCCCAUAUUCGGUGAGUUCUCUGGAGAGCUUUCACAGGUGGAGAAGAGAUGGUUUGGUUUCAAUGCGAGGAUUGUGGCGACAACCUCAAGAAACCAAAGCUUCCGAACCAUUUCAGAAUGUGCUCGGCCUCGAAGUUAUCGUGCAUCGACUGUGGAGAAGUUUUUGGGCAGAAGACCGUUGAAGGCCAUACUCAGUGCAUUACUGAAGCGGAAAAAUAUGGCCCAAAAGGUCAAGCAAAAGCUUCGAAUGGAAUGAAUGCGAAAUCCAAAAACGAUUCGAAGCAGAAGCCAGAGUUUGACAUUAAUGUUGGAUUAUCUGAACGGCCACCGUGGUUCUGUAGUUUAUGCAACACAAAAGCCACAAGUAAACAAACAUUACUCCUUCAUGCCGAUGGGAAGAAACACAGAGCAAAAGCGAGAGCAUUUCAUGCGGUAAAUCAGAAGCCAAAUGAUACUGCAGAAGCCAACACUUGCGACGGAAACAAAUCAAACAAUACAGAAAAUGUUCCGGAACCUAAAGAGCAGGAAUCGUCUAAAGCUGCUACUGCCGAUAAUGGCUCAGGAGGGGAAACCAAAGCUAAAGAACCAAACAACAAAAGAAAGCAUGACACAGUAAGCGAUACUAAAUCAGAAUUGGGAAAUGGAGAACCUGUCGGAAGUAAUGGGGCUCAAAUCCAUGUUACAAAAGGCCCGAAGAAGGCCAAACACAAUGCCGAACUGGAUUCCACUCCUAACAAGGAUUCAGGCAAGAAAAACAUAAAAUGGAAGAAACUUAUCUCUUCGGCUUUGAAAUCUAAUGCUGAUGGCGUUUUGAAAUUCAAGGAGCUUAGAAAACUUGUUAUGGAAUCUCUCAAGGAGGAUGGUCACACACAAGAGAAGAAUGUAGUGUCUGAGAUGCUUCAUGAGAAGAUAAAUUCAAGCUCCAGAUUUGUUGUCGAUGGGAAAUAUGUUAGAUUGGCCACCAAAGGUUAAUGUUCGUGUUGAAUUUUGCAGCUUCAACUGAACAUGGUAACCUCGUCGGUGUGGUAAAUUUUGUUGUAGUAUUCUUUAUGUUUCGAGCUUAAAGUGGUUGAAAGAUUUACUAGCUAAAUGAGCAGUAACAGCAAUUUUGUGGCGAGCAAUUUAGUUUUAAUCAUCUUGUUGUCUUCUCUAAGACUCUGUUAUACUACCUUAAGGAUUUUGAUUACAUGUUUGCUUAUUACAAAUAUUGAUUACAAUCAGACCUCUGUUGUCGAAGCUUAGAGUGUAUGGUUAUGAUUGUGUAUUAGAAGAUUCGGCCAGCAUCUAGUGUAGAGUAAUGGGAGAGUAAUGGGUGAGUUCGGAACAAGUUCCACAACCACACAUGGUUCGGAUAGGGUUUUAAUCAAACACGUAACUCACCCACCCAGGUCUAAAUUCUUAAAAUCCAUAACCCGUGUUAGGGACUAGUUACGAUGUUGAUUGGGGUCAAUUCAUAAGAUAUUGACCGACAACAUAUGUUUUCAAAUAACUCUACAUGUAUAGACAUAUAUUUGUGUAUUUUCUUUCAUCAUAUCGUAUAUUGUCAUUUAGCACAGUAACUAUCGUUUUCCGGUUGUAAUUUUUCAAACUUUACCUAAUUGCCAUCUCUAGUGUAGGCAUAGUAAUACACAUAGACACGAAAAUGAAGCAUAAAUAUACACAUAAAAGGAUUAAAUUGCAAUGUAGCCUGUAGUAAGUGUACAAAAAAAACCCAAUGUUUUUUAUUUUAUUUAUUUUCAAAUAACACACAACAGAUAGUCUGGCUGAUCACAUUAUUUUUUUUGAAUUUUCUUUUGGGUCUGCCAGUAGCCUCUAAAAGAGCAAAUGGAACACCAUUCUUGUUCCAUAUGCAUUAAGGAACCCUCAAAUUCUCAAUACCAUUUUCUCUAAGAGUAAUUUUUUUUUUCUUUUUUUUCUUUUUUAAUCAACAUGUGUGUAAGAUUGUACCUCUAUAUUGAUGCUUGGGAACAUUCUGGACAUGGAUGGAAUAACCGAGGCCGCCGCAUAAGCUAGAAAAGUCGAAUUAGAAUGAUGAUCAACAAUAUAACAGAGAAUGCCAUAGCCUGCGAAGCAAAGAAUAAGGCCGGUCAAAAAAUGUCUCAUAAUUAAGGUGUCUCAUAAUUAAGGAGCCGAAGAUGAUCCUAGCACAAGAUUAACAUCAAACAAGAAAAUACUAACGGCGAUUGCAGAUGCAGCAAGCCCGGCUCGUUCCCUUGGAUCUUUACGAUAGUGAUUUCCAAAGUACAAGAUUGUAGCGUAGUACCACAUAGGCGGGCACAAGAAGCCUGUGAGGAAACUGAGGAAAGGAAGGGAUGCUAUGGUUAUGUUUGUAUCGGUGAAAAUGUAAGAAAAAAAUGGGGAAAUUUUGUGUACACUUACGAGAACCAUCCGUGUCCACAGCCAAAGCACGGAAGAGGUUUGUCGUAUAACCCCAAUUCUUCAUCUUUAAUAAGAGUAUACCUGCCUUUAUCUUUGUCCACA